GCUGGGGAUGAGUGGCGCUAGAUGUAAAAAAAAUUCCCUGGAAAUACGAGCCAUGUAGCCCCAGGGACUCCUGAGGCUUCUAGCUUCCCCUCUGGAGACGGAGGCAAGAGCAGAAUGAGCCGGUGCUGGUCAUGCUUCGCUUCCCAGAGGAGCCUCGUGGGCCAGACUCAGCACCACCCAGCCCUGCCUGGUCCCCAUGGCCCCACAGGGAGAGUCGCCAGUGACCUCAGAUCAUGGAAAGGUUUUCCUUCCUGGGAAGAAUGCCCCAGAUUAUGCCACAUGUUAUCCUGCUUUUGGUUCGGACCGAGUGUCCCUGUUUGGACUGCCGCGAAUGUCUACGUGGCACCCAUCUCCCCGCUGUCGCCCAGGAGAGACCCCAAGGCUCUCAAAGCUCCUGCAGGAGCAAACAGGGCCGUGCAAAUUAAAGCCAGAACUCAGUGCCACUGCACACCUGCUGGAAAGGCUGGGAUGAAAAAGGCAAACAAUAGCAGGUGUUGGAGGGGACACGGAACAACCAAGAACUCACACACCGCGGGUGGGAGUGCCCAUCGGCACAACCACUUUGGAGAUGGCUCAGCAGCAUCUACUGGAGCUGAACGAGUGUAUUUCCUACAACCGCAGGUGUGUGCCAAGCAGAACUGUACACCCCAUCCCCCCAACGCCUGUACGAAAAUGUCCACGGCGGUGACAUCUGUAAUAACCCUACACCAGAAGUCAUUCAAAUAUCCAUCCACAGUGGUCGGGGGUAAAUACGUGGCGGUAACGAGCCUACCACAGGGCAGUGAGGAUGAGUCAGCUGGUGUUGAGUGCAGCCGUGUGGUUGGUCCCCAAACAGACCAGGGGGAGAAGGAAGGGGAGACACAGACACCGACGGUAUGAUUCCAUCAUCGGAGGAACGUGUGUGGAGAGCAAGCGGAGGUGAUCUGUGGUGCAGCAAGUCAGGGUCGUGGCUCUCCUCCCAGGGGGUCUGGAGGGUGAUGCCUGGGAGCAGAAUAGGGGGCUCUGGGGGGCUGAUAACGCUCUGUGUCGUGAUCGGGGUGCUGGUUCCAUGGGUGUUCAUUGCGUGAAAGUUCAUCAAACUACCUCUACGUGCAUUUUUCUGUGUCUGUGUUCUGCUUCGAAGACAAGUUAAAUUAAAGGGGCUCCAUGGGAACAGACUGACUGUACGUUUGUUCCUUCUCCCACCAAACCCAGGGCUCCAGCCAGCCAGCCAGCCAGCGUGGUGGUCCCCCACAGGUCCCUUGCUCUGGCCUUUGGAAAGAUCUGCCA